AUGGCCAACGCGGUCGAUAUGCAACAGAUUCUGAUGUCGAUGGAUCCGACUAGCAACCAGUUUAACGUCAUGAAGAUGACCAAUUCUGGAGGAUCCACUAGCCCAACCUCGUCUUCUGGAGCCCCAUCGUCGUCUUCGAUUCUGGCUGAGGCCGAUGAGAAGGAGCAAUUCCUCCAGAGCCAAAUGUUGCAAGCUGGACAGAAUCAGUGGAUGCAGAUGCUUCUUCAGCAACAACAGCAGAAUCUGGAGUCGCCAACGAAAGCAAAAGUUGCAGAGGAUCUGAUGCAGAAUCCAUCUGCCAUUAUGGAAUUGUUGGGUGGAACUACAGAUUUUAUGAAGAUCGCUGCCAAACUUACGCAACAGAAACAGUCGUCCGAUCAACCAGAAUCCGAAGAACGACGUGAUGCUUCUCCAUCUCCAACACCAGCGGUCUCUCUCAACUCCCAACUUGCUUCCAUGAUCCUUCCAACUACCUCCACUUCCACAGGAUGCAGUGCAGCCAGCACAACGUCUUCUGUCGACUCCGCCGCUUCAUCUGUUAUCGUCAAUGGACACGUCUCCGCACCAUACUCAUCCGCAUCAGUAGACGACGACGAUCUUUCAAUGCAGCCAAGUGCCAAGAAGCAGAAAUCUGAAGAAUCUGAGACACCACUGACACCAAACCAUCAACUCAUGCAGUCACUUCUCGCGCAGAUUGGUCUGUCGACACCAGUUCAGCAAGGAAAUCAGAAGAAGGAUCCAAAUGAAAUGAUGCUCCAAAACUUCUUCCCACAAUCCCUGGCACUUCCAUUGAUGUUCCCAGGAAAUAUUCAUUCUCAGUUUGGAAUGCAAGAUUUUGAGUCUCUCUCGGCCCUUUCCACACCAAACAAAGGAGCUGGAGUUAAGAGGCAAUAUUCUUCAAAUGGAAAGAAUUACUGUGAUAUUUGCAAUAAGGAAGUCUGCAACAAAUAUUUCCUUCGAACCCAUAUGCUCAAAAUGCACGGAAUCGUCAUUGAUGAGAACAAGACUGUCAUUGCUAACAUUGAUACCAGCAUCAAGGAGCGGGAAGGAGAGCUCACAUUCAGAUGCGAUACCUGCCGAACAAUGUUCAAGACUCGCAAUCAACUUCGGCAACACAGACAGGAUGUUCAUGGUGUCCUUCCGCUUUCUACUCCAAGAAACAAUCAGAACAAGCCAUCAGUGCCAAAUACGCCAAAUGGAGCCACCAAUAACAGCUCAUCCGGACCAAAUUCCGCAUCAAUGGGUGAGGAGAAGUGCCAGUUGUGUGAUAAGAGAUUUGCACCAGCAAUGAUGGGAUUCCAUGUCAUGCAAGAGCAUAUGGGAACUGUUGGAGGAGCCAACGGAUCUGCAGAUAUCUCUCAUGUUCUCUCCAUGCUCAAUCAAGCAAACACCCGUGGACAGUCGGUCAGCGAGGAGAAGGAAUUGGGAAUGGCGGUUUUAGAGUGCCCAGACUGCAGUUACAAAUGCAAAGACGCCAAGAAUCUUGAGAUGCAUAUGGAGCGUCACGAGAAGAUGAACGAUGCCAAAAUCAAACAGGACGAUGACGAAGAUGUGGCAUUGAAGUUGACCACUGAGGCAGCGCUUCACAUGGUCGUCCAGAACCAGAAUCAAUUCGAUGGAGACUCGGCAGCACUCAACUUGACUUUCAAAAAUGUUGAUGGCAUUAAAAAGGAUUUGGAAGAGGAGAAGAAUGCUAUAGGAAAUCAUAAUCAUGAGAGAAACUCGCAUACGAGCGGAAGCAUCUCUCCAUCCGGAUCCCUCUCGGACACUUAUGAUAACAAGAACGCUGCUGAGAAGCUGUUCCCAAUACAAACCGUUUUGGUCAGGUGCCACGAUGAGAAUGGUCAGCUCCCAGCAGAAUUCCUCGUUCGACUUCCAGUCCGCUCCCAGAUCGAUGGACCACGAAAGAUUGUCUUCGAGCUUCUUCCAACACCAGUUGCCUCUUCUUAA